AUGAACCCCGACCAAGUUGAAGAGGCUGCUUCACGCAUCCUGCCGGAGAUGGCCACCAGCAAGGGAUCAGGAGAGAUGGACGUCACCUCAGGGCCGCCCAGGCACAGCGAGCGCCGUGAGGCAGAUGAGGGCGCUGACUCAAAGCCACCCCACUACCUGCAGAAACUGACUGAGGAGGCUGAGAAGCUCGCAGCAGAGGUGCAGAAGAAGACCGUUGGCGCCAAAUCCCCGAGCGCCCUUUCCUUCCCUCCCUCCGCGCCCCCAUCCUUUGACGGCCGCCGCCUGCUCCCGCGCGCAGAGGAGAUGCGUGGCCAGGACUGGACCCCCGAGGACGUCCUGAUGGUGGCCGGCAAGUCCCACCUGCUCUCCGUGCUGCCAGACGCCAUGUACAAUAUCGCAAAGCGGGCGGCGCGAAACUUCAACAAGCUGCGGCGCGUGGGCGGCGAUGAGCUGGCGGUGCUUGUGGCGCAACAGCCGCAGACGGUGAUAAUGAUCGCGCGCAUGGAGGCCAUGGAACGCGGCGGCACACUGCCCCCGCGCGGAGCCAACGGCAUCGCCGCCUGCGCCCAGGCACGCCCUCUGACAUCCGACCCUCCCAUGAUCAUGAUAAUGCUCAUGCAUGAUACCCAUACAGCUGCGGCGGUUGAUGUGCUCAAGGAGCUGGAGCUGUCUGCGCCGUUUGCUAGACUAGUCCAGCCGACGGAGGCGUCUCCUCGCCGCUGCUCCGCGAAGAAGCGCAGUCUGAAGACAACAACGGAAGCAGCAAAACUGGACCGGCCUGAGCAGCAAGCAAAGGUGGCCAACAUGGAGGCCAAAGCUGCUGAGCAGCCAGCAGCUACUGUGGAGCGUGAAGGCUUGAAUGGUGGUCCCCAGCGAGAAACCCCCAGCGUGAUAUCAGAGACAGAGGGGCGGCCAGAUGCGCUUGAGGCAGCCAGGCAGUGGCUAGCCAGGGAGCAUGCAGCCACAGAGAGGCUCUUUGAGCAGCCAUGGGAAGCUGCCAGACUUGACAGCGCAGCAGGCCCCAGCAUGCAGCCAGCGGGGAGCCACUGGCAGGCACCUGUCAAUGCAGGGCCUGGGGUGAGGGAGAUGGGAGCUGCAGCAGGGCAGGAGGGAGCUGCUAAGGCAUCCCACCAGCCUGAACAGGACUCUGUUGAUGCGGGGCGCACCAGCUUUCAUGCCAUGGACCAGGUGCCUCAGGCGCAGCUUGCGCUGAGGCAUGCACCCGGGGCCGAUGCAGGCUGGAACCUCCCGUUCAGCCCCCAUGCGGCAGCCGCCAUGCAGCCAGCGCAUCAAGGGCCCGCCGCAAUGCAGCCACCAAAAGCUGCGCCACUGCUGGGCCCCCCAGGACUGACUGCCUCCCUUCAGGCUUGGGGGCAAUUCUUGCACAACCAGAGGCAGCCAAACGCAGCGGGCGGCCAGCAUGGCUCUGCCGGGGAAGCUGCAAGGGAAGUUGCACCCCAUGCGCGGCCGCACGACAGAGUGGCAGAGCUCAGCCUCUUCACAUACAUCAUGCGCUGUGGUGGGGUGCUGGACAACGGGUGGCGUGUUACCAUCAACAAGUCUGGCAGCUAUCAUUGCUUCCCGCCCCCGGGUUUUGUGCCUGUGGACGGUGCGCCGGCACGCAAGGUUUAUAAGGAUCGCACGAACGUGGCGCGCGCGAUGGGUCUGCCGGCUCUGUUUGCACGGCGCCGGCGGCCAAAGGAGGCAAUGCCUGCUACGGAUGCCGCAGCGCCAGCUCAGCCGGCAGCUGCUGACGUAGACGCCAGCCUGGCACCUGACUUGGCCCCAACACAGCAUGCUCCCCCUCUUCCGGCGGGCGAUACGGUGAAUGUGGAUGCCGCAGCGCCAGGUCAGCCGGCACCUGCUGACGUGGAAGAUAGCCUGGCACCCGACCCGGCCCCAUCACAGCAUGCUCCCCCUCUGACGGCAGAUGUUCUGGUGGGUGUGGAGGCUGCAGCGCCAUCCGCGCCGGCCCCACAGCAUAUGUCUGUACAGGGGUCCCCAGAACAUGAUCCUGUGCCAGCAUCAGGGGCCGGACCCUGCGCCGGGCAGCAAGCACCGGCAGACGCGGACACAGACACCGGAGGCCGCAGCCAGAAGCGGCCCGCAUCGCUCCUGGACGAAUGCCACGUCAGUAAUCAGCGCGCACAGAAGAGGCAGCACGCCGCCCCCGCGUCUGAGAGGACCUCCUCUGCUGACCGCAGCGACAUGCGUGGGGCUACCGGGUCAGAGGUGGAGGGGUCUGAAGAGGGGCGCCGGAGCGGGUGCAAUCCCACUGUAUGCGAUGAGUCAGAGCAGCCGGGAGAUUCUGCACAGGCAAGCGCAGAUGACGAUGCUGCGGAUGAGGACAUGGCAAUGGCGGCCAGAGAAGAGCCAUCGGGUGAGGCUGGCAGCGCAGAGGCGAUGGAGGUUGAGUCAGCGCCCGUUGAUGAAAACGCCGCUAACUCAGCAGAAGGAUCAGAGGGUGGCAAUUACAUGCUCUCCAAAAGCAUUGAUGCGUCCCAGCAAGGGGGUGACGGCAAGGUGAAUGCAAAUGGGACCACCAGCUCCCAGGGAGAUGCUGGCUGCAAGGACGCAGAUGCCAGCCCAACGCCAAGCCAUGCAGGAUAUCUUCUUGAGGUGACAACGGAGCAAGCGCAGCUGCCUGGAAAUGACAACGCCGACAAUGCGCCAGCCGCGAAGGGGACCCAGGGGGGUUCGGCUGAAGGACAGCUAUAUGAGGGCGUUCCUGAUGAGGAGAUCAUGGGCCAUGCGGAUGCUGGAGAGGAAGAUGGGGUCGUGCAGGGGUCAGCAGAUUGCCAGUCACAGGGGAUCAAGGGGUCCUGGGCCGCCUGUCAGAACUCUGAAGCUGGGCAUGUGAUUGUGGCGUCCCGAGCCGAUGCCCUCGUGGGCAAUGAAGGUGAGCACGCUGAGUGCAAGCCCACCACCUCCGAGGCCAAUGCUGACCCGCAGGGCAACCAAGGCGCAGCCUCGACUGCAGAUGGGGUUCGCUGCCACACCGACUCAUGGGGCUUCACACCCGCAGCUUGCCAGCAGAGCAAGGCCCCUGCAGAUGCCGGGGUUGAGGCGUCAGCUAAGCAGGCCUGCUCAGAGGACAAAGCGGCAGGCACCGCCCAGCAGAGCAGCGGACCAAAGCAGGCGCUGUUGGACGAGGGGAAUAUAAUCAGCGAUGAGCAGCAUACCAUGGCAGACUAUCCGGGAGUCGGAGCUGCUCUUGCACAAUCAACAGCCUCUGGGAUUCAAGGGGCUGUUGUGGAGCAAUCCGGUGACUCACUUGCCCCCACAGAGUCAGUUGAUGGUCCCACAGAGGGUGUCAUCAAGGUGAAGCAGUCAGCCCUCUUGGCAGACAGCAUGAUUUUGGAUUCCGCGGCUGGGAUUGCUUUAGCAGGCGGAGCUGGCUGCCCGGCGGCAGCUUCCGUUGUAGCAGAAGCCGAUGCGGCGGCGGCCGCUGCUGCUGCAGCGACGGAAGCUGCAGCGUCGCCAAAUGAGGAUGUAUACCAAAGCAAGACGGAGCAGCUGUCUCUAGUUGAAGCAGCGCAAGGCACACAGUCAGCCGGCAGCAAUGAGAGGGUCAAGGAGCCGGCUGCAAGCAAGCCUGCGCUGCAAGCAACAGGCAGCACUAUCGAGGAGACUCAGAACGAGGUUGCAGAAGGGAGCGCAGGCAAGGGGAGUGAGGACAUGGCGACUAUUGUGAUAGAGGCAAUGCUAGCAGCAGAUUUUACAGCAUCUGGUGCAGCGGAGGAGGAUUUGGGAGGACACCCGGCUGCAGCAAUGAUUGGGGAGCGGGGACCAGCUCUGCAAAUGGCCAGCGCUCGACCCUUAGAUGAGCAGGAGCAUGUUCUGCAGCCCAAUCGGCACCUGGAGGCUGCUUGCCCUGAGGCAGUCAUCAUCGAGUCAGGAUCAACGUGGCCAGGAAUGGCAGCAGACAACCCUCCAUGUGCCAAGCAGCAAACACAGCCGGCAACUGAGCAGCCCAGUCAUCGCCCAAGUCCUCAGCUCCCUCAGCUUGCCGCCAGUAUCAAUGCAGCUGUGGGACGUGCGGCAGGAGCAGAGAGCGCCAAGGUGCAGGCAGCGGACGCAAAUGAGACCGCCAAGAGGGUAUCUGGCGGCCGGCCGCACCGCAUGAAUCCAGCAGAGGCGGCGCCGGCCGCCGGCGAGGAUGGGCACGAGCCGGUGUGGCAAUUCACUUCGGCGAACAUUCAGCACAAAGAAGUGAGCGUGCUGCAGUGCCCCUCAGAGUACUCCAAGGACGAGCUGAAGCCGCUGCAGCGGCAGGUGCCGAGCCGCCGGGAGGGCCACGGCGGUCUGCUGGCGUUGCCUCUUCCACCUAACACAGUGCAAGCUGACAGGCAUUCUGCGCCAAAGACAGCGCGGAGCAUUGCAGCUGGGAAGGAGCUCACAGCCGAUGCCAGCAUGAACGAUCCGGUGCUGAGCGUGCAGCCAGCUCGGCGGUCCAGUCAGCUGCAGGAGCCAGGUCAGCGGUCCACUCAGCUGCAUGAGCCAGCUCAGCAGCCCAGUCAGCUGCAGGAUGGGUCCAAUGAUGCGCCGGUGGCCCCUCCAACACUCAGGGGUUUUUCCAUGAUCCCGUCUGCGGGGCAGGGCGGCCGCGCACCCGGCAUCAUUGCAGACGGAGGCGAACUAGACCUGCAGUCGACAGGCCACAGCGCAUGCAACAGCCAGACAAGCGACGGCCGCGGGCCCCAACAAAUCUCAAUUGACCCUCAGCUCACAGAGGGCCCCUCUCAGCCCGUCCAGAAGGACAACGAGCCGCCGCCUCGCUACUGGCAGCCUGAUCCGCAGCCGGCCGCCACUGAACCCGAGCCGUCACGGUCCUUCAGCAGCACGAUUCGCCUGAACCUCAGCGACGGUAGUCCCGGCAGCAGCGGUGGUGGCAAGGCCGGGGGGUCCGGCGGGGGGUCCUUUUUCCAGCAGGUCGAGCUCGAUCAGGUGCCCCCUGCCAGCAUGGCAGCGCCAGCUCAGCAGGCGGCCAGCGCGCAGCCUGCUCUGGCGCGAGCUGUCUCCAACAAUGAUCUGGGUAACAUCACUUCACCCCGGCUGGAGUCCAAAUCCUCUGAGGGAGUUGAGGCUUGCUGGCAAGACAUCAAUUGGAUUGCAAUGGAGGUGGAUAAGGCCAAGAAGGCGGUGCAGGAUGUUGACGCAGACAUAGCAAAAGAGAACGAGCGCCACAGCGCCGCGCUGAGAGCGCUGCAGAGGCGCAAAAUGUUGCCGAGGAGCCAGUCUGCCAAGUGGAGCGCGCGGCUGAUGUUGGCCCGGCGCAACGUGGCCAAAGGGUGA